AUGGAGUCUUCGAUUGCAAAAUCUAAAAACACCCGGCUUAAAAAGUCAUUUCCAGUAAAAUCUAGAAGAGAUAAUAACAAAACAAAGCAUCAGAACUUUAGAGGAAAUGUCGAACAAGGCCAAGGAUUCGCGGAUAUCAGGAAAAAGAAGAUGUUUUACCAGUACAAGAAACUGCAGAAGAAAGAGCGCUAUCAUGAAGAAAAGCAGAAAAAAUCGAUGGUGGAUUUGUACCAGGAUGAUGGCGAUAACAGACGAAAUAAAAAUAAAUCAGAUAGUUCUGGGAAAUCUUCUCAAAAAAGGGGUGGAAAAAAGUUGAGCGCCUUCGAGAAGCCACAAACAGAAUUCCUGAGGAAGAAGGAAGAGAAGAAAAAAAAGUUUCAGGAGCAACAGAGACAGCAGAAAGAACGUGACGAAGCUAUGGAGACGUAUCAACAGAAGAAAAAAAAGAGGCAAAAGCUACUUGCUAAAAGGACGGAGAGAGGGCAGCCUCACAUCGGUAGUCAAAUGCAAUAUUUAUUAGAAAAAAUCGAGAAGCAAGUGAAGACGUCAUGAUGGUAUUCAAAUCUGUGAUGAGGUGACUUGUCUCAUAUAGUGAGAAGACUUUUAGUGCUCGAAACCAGUGUUAGACAAGAUUGGAAUAACACCAGAGGAUUACCUGUUCAUUUCAUUCAUAACGAUGACAGAGAGGUACCUUUGGUUGGAGGGUGUUUUGAACUUUGGAAAGGAUAUCUUCAGUACAAUGUUUGUUAAUAAACUCUGAUGUAAAAAUCUAAAUUAGGUCAUUGCUCUUGUUUUAUUUCAUGUCCUUUUUGUAUCGUUAUGUAUGGUGUGGGAAUUUGGAAUGCGCCUCAAUGAACAUUCCAUGUCCAUGGUCUUGGAUAUUGUUUUCCAUGUCUAUUGGGCCAGCAUCUGAAUAACAUUUGCUUCAGUGUUGCCUUGGUUGUGACUUCUGAAGGACGGCUGUCUAUUUGUCUAGCAUCUGAAUGACAUUUGCUUCAGUGUUGCCUUGUUGUGACAACUGAAGGAAGGAUGUCUAUUAGGCCAGCAUCUGAACGACAUUUGCUUCCGUGUUGCCUUGGUUGUGACGUCGGAAACGAAGAGAUAAUGUGGUAAUUUUUUUCUUUAUCUGGUAGUGACAAAUGCAUAAUCAAUUCACAAGUUUGUGUGAUUGUGAACAUUGUCCGAAGUCCAAGGGUACAACCAUAUCUCAUUGAAAGACAAAAGAAACCUUAACUAACUAUUGACAAAACUUGUAUGCUUUACUAAAUGGAACAUUUAUGAUUGACAAUGUGAACUACAAUGACAUCAAUUAGGCCUGGGUUAAAGUUCAGAUCAUUGACAUUGUGGAAUUUCCUUUACCCCAGGAUAAUGCUGUCCUUUAU